CACACACACACACACAUCUGUAACCUUCACAAAAUAGUAUGCAAAAUAUGCAGACACUGAUCCCACACUGACACACACACGUUCCAAGCGAGGGGAGGGAGGCCAGGGUUAUAUAAAUGGAAGACAGAAAGCGGAUAGACAGAUGGAUGUAAUCAACAGCGAUACCACAUUGGGAUUACAGCAAUUUUCAUAGAUCAACAGGAAAGACGUGGAGCAAGAGGACGACAAAUUUGUUGGGAACUAACUAACUGCUGUGGAUUGACUGGAGGAUUGAAAGAGGAGGAGGAGAGAGAGACAAAGAAGGCAGAGCGGAUAAACUUAACACAAUUUGAGGAGAUCAGUUCGAACGUGUACAAGAAAAAAGAAAAACACUUUGUUUUCCGUCUGUCUGCUGCCAGGCCCCCGACCUGCCAGACCCGAGCGGCUGGUGCACACCAACACAGAGUAAUUUUCUCAGCGUCAGCCAGUUGACGGGUGAAGUCAGAGCCGUGGGGAAGAUUGGGCUUGAUCUGCUUUCGGCUCUGCCAGAAGUGUCAGGGCCGUCGCCGCUGGAGCUCAUUGUUUCUGCAGUGGCACAGAGAGUGAGAGCGGGCAGUGUGUAGUAAUCUAAGGAUGACACCCGCACUUUAUUCCAUCAGAUAGCGCUCCGUGAGGUGUGAGGUGUGGCCCGUCACACUUUAUCUCGGCCUUACAGCGCACACAUGUAACACGUGUACUCGCGCACGCAGACCCACCAGAGAUUCACUCUAAGAGGCGAACGACGCAUUAGGUCCCGACAAUCAGCAGGAACCUUAAACGUAGCAGGCUCUUGGAUCAGUGUGUAUCGCUGAGUGUGUGUCUGCAGUUAAAACCAGGCGCCGAUUUGCGCCCAGUGGAGCAUGUUGGAAAGGAAGCGUUAGGCAGGUCGAUGCUGCACGAUUAUUCUGUCUGAUAGCCUGUGAUUAUUCUGAAGAGUCUAAAAUUACCAUGUGAAAUCACCGUCCAUUUACGCUGCAGUGUAUACAUGAUAGCAUAUCGAAAGAGUUCUGGCAUUCAAGCGAAUAAUGACGGAUACCUUGUGAGGAUAAUGUUCACGUCUCUGGGGUAAAAUAGCCGAGCAAAAAGUGUAAUAUCAGAAAACUGAUGCGCAUCGCUGCAGCGUGCUCAGACCUUUUCACGUUGGUUACUCUACACAGAGCAAGCGCUUCCACUCUGUGUCUCUAUAGAGCGGCGGCACUUAGGCUCAAUGGAUUUUAUUUAACCUCAGCUAUCUGCAGAUGAGUUGCAGUGAGAUGGUGUCUCCGUCUCUCCCGAGGCCUGCCCCGUUUGGUCAUAGCGCAAAGGCACAUUGACUUCCACCUGGCUGUGUGUCGGUGUGAGAAGUGCUGGAAACCUCGCUUGGUCUCAUUAAAAUACAAUCUGUUGAAGAUGAACAUCGUUGCCCUAGAUUCCGCCGUCCUCAAGGGCACGGCAAUGUAGGUAGCUGGAUUUCAAAAGUUAGCGUUUCAGUCGACAUCAGUAGAUUUAAACUUGCCUUGCUUGAUAAGUCUGUUUCCCAGCCUGUAUCUGACGGAAAUAUAGUUUAAUUGAUCGCUCCUGUGCCUUUGAGCAGUGCGGUUUGACCUGCAGGAGACAAGCAGUCUAUAUGUUGUGGUUACUUUGUGAGGCUGACUGUGACGUCACCUGGAGCUGGGAACUGAUUUAAACACUGUGGGUGAUCGGCUAAUUAACUUGUCCCUCAUUUUGUGAAUUACAUGGCUGCCAUAAUUGAAAACCCUCACUGUUAGAGGACAUAGAAUUGCAGGUAUGCUUUGGUUACACUUUGUAUUGGCUUUUCUGGUUUAUUGAUCCCGAGGUCUCUGGCUUUGUUCCUCUGAGGCUCACAGCGCCGAGGUAGAAAAUAUCUCGCCUUGCAGUGUUUGCCUCCCUGGCAUUUUGCUUCGACGGGACUGAGCUGCCGCGCUGCUUUGUAGCUGCAAAACUCCGGCGCCGUAUAGAUUAAAGACGCCGCGCCGUGUCGUAAGUUCUUUCUAAACAAGGUGCCAAAGUCAAGAGUCUAACUUUUUGCCUGAGCUAAUUUCUGUGUGCUAAUCGGCAGCUCGGUGAGCAAUCCAGCGUGCAAGCCUUGGCUGAAGCGGUUUGUUUGCAUGUGCUGUGAUGCAGUGCAGCGCAUAAAAGUCCUUUCAUAAAGUGUUGUCCUCAAACAACAACUUCUGUCUGAUUGCACUGAAGUAAAGCGUUUGGCGUGCGCACGUGCCCGCAGCUUUGCAGAAAACGAAUUGCAUAGCAUGUGAGUGUGGGCGUGGGUGGACUCGUUUAUCUAUAGCGGUGCAAGCAGGGUCACAGUGGAACCAUUGAUCUAACGCGCACAUCCACACACACACGUUCACACAUAAGCAUAGAGCUUCUCAAUACACAAUGGAGCCUGUCCGAAGCUCUGACCUCCUCCCUGCUCCCGUCUCUCUGGCCCUGCGCUGCCUGGUCCUGAUCCUGCUCUGUAUCACUCCUCAUUGUCAGGCGGUGCAGGCGGAGAAUGUUACAGUCUUGGAGGGAGGUACGGCCCAGAUCUCCUGCCGUCUGCAAAACUACGAUGGAUCAAUCGUGGUCAUCCAGAAUCCCCGCCGGCAGACUCUCUUCUUCAACGGCACGCGAGCGCUGAAGGACGACCGCUUCCAGAUGGUGCUCUUCACGCCGCGGCUGGUGCGCAUCACGUUGACCAACGUCAGCGUGCUCGACGAGGGCGGCUACUUCUGCCAGCUCUACACGGACGCCACGCACCACCAGGUGGCCACGCUGUCCGUGUCGGUGCCGCCGGAGACGCCCACGGUGGACGUGAAGCAGGAGGCCGUGGAGGGCGGAGAGGUGGAGCUCACCUGCAUGACGCCGCGCAGCAAGCCGGCCGCCUCCCUGCGCUGGAUCCGCAACGGCCGGGAGAUACCAGGUGUGGUAUCCCAGCAGGACAACGGGAAGACGUUCAGCGUUUCCAGCACCAUCCGGAUCCCCGUAGAAAGGAAAGACAACGGGGCGGCUCUGAGCUGUGAGGCUUUCCACCCGGCGCUGGGUGGACAGAGGAGGAUUCGCCACUACCGUCUGGAUGUGAAUUUUGCACCCACAGUGAGAAUCAUUCCUCCUUCUGGCAUUUUGCGAGAGGGUGACUCGCUUACCCUCACCUGCUCCGUCACCGGGAACCCGCUGCCCAGGAACAUUCAGUGGUCAAAGAUUAAUGACACUUUACCUGAGAGGGCAGAGAUCUCCGGCCCCACCCUCCAGAUUUCCCGUCUCAGCCAAUCACACAACGGGACAUACCUGUGCCAGGCCCAGAACAACUACGGACGUGCCGCCGAUCAUUACACCCUACUGGUGUAUGAUAAUGUGUCAGUCACUACCUCGGUCCCUCCCGCUCCCACCUCCACUCAACAUAUCACCUCCCAUUCCAUCACCCCAACCCUCCUAACAUCCAGCUUGGCCUUGGACCCGAAAGAUCCUGGCGCAGUGGUGGAGACUCACAGCGCUGUGCCAUACGCAGUGAUAGGUGGUGUUCUGGCACUGCUGGUUUUCACCGUCAUCUGUGUCCUCAUCGUCACCAUCUGGUGCUCCGUCCGGCAGAAAGGCUCGUAUCGUACCCGAGAGCCUAUUCUUGCUUGGUAUUGACCUAACAAUCAGUUAACUAAUGAAUUAAUCAUUCACAGGUUCCUAUCUUACCCAUGAGGCCAGUGGGUUGGAUGAACAUGGUGAGGUGCAGGAAGCCUUCCUCAAUGGGAAUGACGCCAGCCAGGGCAAGAAGGAGUACCUACUGUAGCCCAUCCAAGUCCCCUUCUCUUCUGACCUCAGCCCUCCAUCCCUCCCCCUCCCCGUCUCCCUCCUUAUAUACAGUAUACACACACACACACACACAAACACACUUGUACACAAUGCGCCAUAACAGGCAGCCUUCUGAAAAACGACUGUAUACAGAUUCCGCACACAGCCAGUCCAUCCUGCUCCAUUCCAGCCCAUAUCCUCCACACACACUCACACACAGACCCAGAGACAGACUGAGAAAGCGAGAGCCUAUAGACCCACCAGCCAUUAACGAAUGUGCCAUAUAAUGUAAGCAGGAGAAACCGGGGGGGGGAAUGGAGAGAGCGAGCGAGCGGGGGGGAGAGGGGAGGGAGGGUGAGGUGCAUGUAGGCAAUAACGGAAUUAUGCCGUAAUUAUUUUGAUCGAGAGGGAAGCAGGGAGCACAAAGAAAACUGGCAUUCCGCCCGUGCAGCCACCAAAGUGGAAGCGGAAUUAGAGGCAGAUGACUGCUAUAAUUCCGUGCCUGGAGAAAACCAUUUCACAAAGCUCAAUCUUUAACCUGCGGAGACAGAGGCAGCCAGUGUGCGAGGAGGGAUGGGGGGGGAACCGGGGAGAGUUGACCAGGAGCUAUCGAGCAGCCGGUGCUAGAAAAUUGAAAUUUUGUAGAAAUUGCCAAAGCAUCUUGCCUACAGAGCGUCGCUCAUAUAUAAUUCCAUAACAACACUGGAGUGUGUAAGCCCAGAGUCCCGGGAAGGAUCCAUACUUUAUGAACAAGCUAACUGUCCUCUUUUGCUUUCCCCUGUUGGGUGAUCUGCCAAUAACUUGUAUUUUCACUCUCGCUGCAGUAGUGAGGAAAAUUAAUUUACUCCUUCUUCCUCUCCACUCACCUGUUACCGUCCUCUUCCCUCUCCCUUAUAUCUCUUGUUCUCUCCGUCCGCCGCUCCCUCAAUCGCUCCUCCAUUGUUGGCUCCUAAUAAUGAAAGGAUUAGUGUUGGGCUGCGUUCCCGACAAAGAAGAAAGGAAUAUGACUUGCUAAGGCAUUAAAGAAAAGCUUAAUUAUUUUAGAAUGUCAUUAAGAGGAUAAAAAGGUUUAAAAGUCUUAUUAAGAAGGGCAAGGGGAGCAAUAGCAAAAGGAAUGAAUGGGAAUAGGAAAUGGAUGUUUUUUUCCUGAAUGCUACCACACACAUGCAGAUACAUGCACACAUUCAUACGUACAGUGAACACAUCGACAGAACAAGUAUACAUAUCUCUGAAUUCAUUAUUUGUAUAAAAAAUGAACAGCAACAUAAAUUAAAACAUAAAAUGAAACUUUUAAGAAAUAAGAAAAAUGUUUACUAUUGAAUAUCAUUAUGAAGCAACUAUACUAACACAGAAUAUUAGCCUAUAGAGGUGCAAAGCCGAACAAACUACUGUCCAGUGAUCUUUAAAGAAAAAAAGAAAAGAAUAAAAAAAAAAAAGUUUGUCUUUAUGAGAAACCAGAGGUCUUAUUGAUUUUUUUAUUAAUUAUUAUAAUUAUUAUUUGAACAAUUAUGAUUGUUGUUACUGUUAUUAUUAUUGCUGUUGUUAUUAUUAUAAUUGUAAAUGUUGAAGAAAUGUACACUUCCCAUGAUUUUUAUUUUUGGUUCUACUGUAGAGAAAUUGCUGUCUUUUACCUUACCUUACCUUUCCUCUCUCUCCCAGUCUUUCUCUCUCUCUUCGUCUCCUGUGCCUAGUCGUCUCUUCUCCUGUCUUUCACUCUUGUUUAUUUUAGAGUCCAUGUGUCAUUGUUGAUAUAUAGCUAACUAUUUCUUUAUAGGGGAAAGAUACAAAGCACGACAAAAUUAAAAAAAAAAAGAUUCCAAAAAUCA